UAAGGAGAAUGAGAAGAUAAGGAACACAGGAUGUGGAAUCCCGGGGGAAGAAAUUUAGUGAAUCUGAAGCAUCUAGAGGCUACCAAGGCACUUUAGAGACUUCCCCCAUGGAGGGUUAAGCCACCAGCCUCACCUUGACCUUCCCUGCCGCCCACUAAAAGUGACCGGAAGAAGAGCUCGACUAUGACGACUCGGGACUACAAGUCCCGGCAUGCAUCUCUCCGCGUCUAUCGCAAAACCUUUCAACUUUAGGAUAAAAGGGCUUUUGGCAACCUUGAGCGUCGGGAACUGUAGUCGCCCCAGUUGGGGCUAGACGCUUGCCGUAGGGCACUCAUUGGCGCCCAGGGCACCACCCCCUUGCCUUCGCCUCACGUUGCUUCACCCGCACGCAUACAGGGCGCGUGCCUACGCCCUCCGCCCCCUCCCCGGGCCUAGGGCGCAGGCGCGCGCAAGCUCCCCGGCCCAGUAGGCUGGGGGUGGGGGGAGAAGGAGAAGGAGGGGAAGGGAGGGGAGGGUUGGGUGUCUACUCUGGUGAAUAGACGGCUGUGGGGCACAGAAACGUGAAGGCCUGGCUGCCGGGCAGGUGAACUCUGCACAGGGUCUAGGGCCCGCGGAAGGGUUCGGAACCGAGUCAGCGCGCCUUGCGAGCAGGAUACACGCCGCUGUGACCCGGAGGUCCUCUGGGGGCGAAACCCCGGCCUAGGCCCCGCGGAGAUGCCCAGCUGCGGUGCUUGUACUUGCGGCGCGGCUGCCGCCCGGCUCAUCACCUCUUCACUCGCCUCCGCGCAGAGAGGUAUUUCUGGUGGUCGCAUUCAUAUGUCAGUUUUAGGAAGGCUUGGGACAUUCGAAACUCAGAUUCUGCGAAGAGCUCCUCUUAGAUCGUUUACAGAAACACCAGCAUACUUUGCCUCAAAAGAUGGGAUAAGUAAAGAUGGUUCCGGAGAUGGAAAUAAGAAAUCAGCAAGUGAGGGAAGUAGUAAGAAAUCAGGCUCUGGGAAUUCUGGGAAAGGUGGAAACCAGCUGCGCUGUCCUAAAUGUGGCGACUUGUGCACACAUGUAGAGACCUUUGUAUCAUCCACCCGUUUUGUCAAGUGUGAAAAGUGUCAUCAUUUUUUUGUUGUGCUAUCUGAAGCAGACUCAAAGAAAAGCAUAAUUAAAGAACCUGAAUCAGCAGCAGAAGCUGUAAAAUUGGCAUUCCAACAGAAACCACCACCUCCCCCUAAGAAGAUUUAUAACUACCUCGACAAGUAUGUUGUUGGCCAGUCAUUUGCUAAGAAGGUGCUUUCAGUUGCUGUGUACAAUCAUUAUAAGAGAAUAUAUAAUAAUAUCCCAGCUAAUCUGAGACAGCAAGCAGAGGUUGAGAAGCAGACAUCAUUAACACCAAGAGAGUUAGAAAUAAGAAGACGGGAGGAUGAGUACAGAUUUACAAAAUUGCUUCAGAUUGCUGGAAUUAGCCCACAUGGUAAUGCUUUAGGAGCAUCAAUGCAGCAACAGGUAAAUCAACAAAUACCUCAGGAAAAACGAGGAGGUGAAGUAUUGGAUUCUUCUCAUGAUGACAUAAAACUUGAAAAAAGUAAUAUUUUGCUGCUUGGACCAACUGGGUCAGGUAAAACUCUGCUGGCACAAACCCUAGCUAAAUGCCUUGAUGUCCCUUUUGCUAUCUGUGACUGUACAACUUUGACUCAGGCUGGAUAUGUAGGCGAAGAUAUUGAAUCUGUGAUUGCCAAACUACUCCAAGACGCCAAUUAUAACGUGGAAAAAGCACAACAAGGAAUUGUCUUUCUGGAUGAAGUAGAUAAGAUUGGCAGUGUGCCAGGCAUUCAUCAGUUACGGGAUGUAGGUGGAGAAGGCGUUCAGCAAGGCUUAUUAAAACUACUAGAAGGCACAAUAGUCAAUGUUCCAGAAAAGAAUUCCCGAAAGCUCCGUGGAGAAACAGUUCAAGUUGAUACAACAAACAUCCUGUUUGUGGCAUCUGGUGCUUUCAAUGGUUUAGACAGAAUCAUCAGCAGGAGGAAAAAUGAAAAGUAUCUUGGAUUUGGAACACCAUCUAAUCUGGGAAAAGGCAGAAGGGCUGCAGCUGCUGCAGACCUUGCUAAUCGAAGUGGGGAAUCAAAUACUCACCAAGACAUUGAAGAAAAAGAUCGGUUAUUGCGUCAUGUGGAAGCCAGAGAUCUGAUUGAGUUUGGCAUGAUUCCUGAGUUUGUGGGACGGUUGCCUGUGGUGGUUCCAUUGCAUAGUCUAGAUGAGAAAACACUUGUACAAAUACUAACUGAGCCACGAAAUGCUGUUAUUCCUCAGUACCAGGCCUUAUUCAGCAUGGAUAAGUGUGAACUGAAUGUUACUGAGGAUGCUUUGAAAGCUAUAGCCAGAUUGGCACUAGAACGAAAAACAGGUGCACGAGGCCUUCGGUCCAUAAUGGAAAAGCUGUUACUAGAACCAAUGUUUGAAGUCCCUAAUUCUGAUAUCGUAUGUGUGGAGGUUGACAAAGAAGUAGUAGAAGGAAAAAAGGAACCAGGAUACAUCCGAGCUCCAACAAAAGAAUCCUCUGAAGAGGAGUAUGACUCUGGAGUUGAAGAAGAAGGAUGGCCCCGCCAAGCAGAUGCUGCAAACAGCUAAACUGUCAUAUUGCUGUCCUGUAUAUACAGCUUUUCCUUCUUUUGUUUAGGAUCAUAAUUGUCUCUACAGUCUGAUAUUAAAGGCAUUGGAUCUAUCUUGGAUAUCAUACAUGGUCAGAGAAGCCUUUAGGAUAAGAAUCAGAUCAUGUAUAUUAUUGUAACAUCACAUUGAUUUUACAGAGGAUGUUAUAUGGACUUUAAAUGACACAAUGUUUAGAGAUAAAAUGUACAUUAUUUUGGUUCAGUUUUAAAAAAAAAUAUGCUUUAACAAAAUUCUUAGGAAUUCUUUUAAGCAAUGCAGGUAUUGCGAUAACGUAGAUUUUACAAUAAUGUUACUCUACAAAUGGGAAAAUAAAUUCUUUAAAAUUGAAUAUUGAGAUACCAUUCUUUAGUGUUACCUUUUUUACCCACAUAUGUUUCUGAAAAUAUUGGAAUUUUAUUCAUCUUAAAAAUUGGACCAGGUAGGCCGGGCAUGGUGGCUCACGCCUGUAAUCCCAGCACUUUGGGAGGCCGAGGCGGGUGGAUCACGAGGUCAGGAGUUCAAGACCAGCCUGGCCAAGAUGGUGAAACCCCAGCUCUACUAAAAAUAUGAAAAAUUAGCUGGGCGCUGUGACAGGCACCUGUAAUCCCAGCUACUCGGGAGGCUGAGGCAGGAGAAUCGCUUGAACUCGGAGGGCAAAGGUUACAGUGAGCUGAGAUCGUGCCACUGCACUCCCGCCUGGGCGAAUCUUUUUUUUUUUUUUUUUUUGAGCGGUGUCUCAUGCUGUCCCAAGCUGGAGUGCAGUGGUACGAUCUUGGCUCACUGCAACCUGCGCCUCCCAGGUUCAAGCAAUUUUCCUGCCUCAGCCUUCUGAGUAGCUGGGAUUAUAGGCACGCACCACCACACCUGGCUAAUUUUUGUAUUUUUAGUAGAGACAGGGUUUCACCCUGUUGGCCAGGCUAGUCUCUAACUCCUGACCUUGUGAUCUGCUGGCCUCGGCCUCUCAAAGUGCUGGGAUUGCAGGCGUAAGCCACCACACCCGGCCUUAUUUACCAUCUUUAAUCCAUUUUAUUACUAUGGGUGAGUACAUGGAAUUGAAGUCUAGCUUAAAUCUUCAGAAAGUUAUAUAUCUAUUUUAUUUUAUUUUUUUGAGACAGAGUCUUGCUGUGUCACCCAGGCUGGAGUGCAGUGGCACAAUCUUGGCUCACUGCAACCUCUGACUCCCGGGUUCAAGCGAUUCUCAUGCCUCAGCCUCCUGAGUAGCUGGGACUACAGGCGUGCACCACCACACCUGGCUAAUUUUUUGUAUUUUUAGUAGAGACGGGGUUUCGCCAUGUUGCCCAGGCUGGGUCUCUCCUGAGCUCAGGCAAUCCGGCCACCUUGGCCUCUGAAAGUGCUAAGAUUACAGGCAUGAGCCGCCGCAUCCAGCCAGAAAGAUACAUAUCUAAUUCUAGAAAUAGCAUGCAGUAUCAGUCAUAGUAACAGCCAUGUGCUACCUAAAUAAAAUUUCUUGAUAUUGUGUAUUUAACCUGAAGUAUUGAGCUAGUUUUUUUGUUUUUUGAUGCUGAACAUUUUGGUCUAAUUCUUUGGCUUCUUAGAACAUUAAAGAAAAAUCUAUGUUUUGCUGUCAGCCAAAGUAAAUGUGUUCACACUAACAUAUAAGUUACUAACCUUCAUUAUACAGCAAAGCUAAAAAGUGGUGGGCUAUUUGGGGUCUUAAUGAAAAUUGUAUCAUUUAAUUCCAUAAAUAUUAAAAUAUUUGGGUAACUUUUAAGCUUUUUUUUCUUUCCUUCUAUAAUGGUGGUACAAGUUCUAUAUUCAUUCAGUUUAAUCUCAUUUGAAAUUGUUUAAAUCAGAGCAUAUGUAAAUAUUUGUUCUUUUUUUUUGGUUUAUAGACUCUUGAGCUUUCCUUUUACACAGUUUUUUUUAGGGAAAAACUGAAGCUAUUAGGAAAUUCUAAAUCUUGUUGAUGAAGAGUUGGGCUUUCUAUGAUAUAAUUAAUAAAAGGGAUGUAUGGUAUUUAUGGCUGGGUAGGAUCAGAAAUGCACUUUGUAUACAGAGUGUUAAGGCUGGUUGCUAUAGUAUGGAACAGAAACACCUCUCCUUGGUCUCCCUAGUAAUGGUUCAGGUUCUCCCCAGGAAGUCUUACAUAUUAUAACUUUGUUCAUUAUCUUUCCCUUAUAGCAUCAUUUUCCUUUUUGUAGAGUGGAAAUCAGACUAGCUGCUAAACAUAUUAAGGGUAAUCCUCCAGAAAUGGACUGGGAGGCAUUUUAGUCACAACAACUUACAUUUGGCUUUGGAAGUUGUUAACAAAGCAUAAUUGAUGUUUUUAAAUCAAACAUAAUUUGUAUCUUGGAACUUACAUUUUGACAUUUGAAUAAAACAAAAAGACUAAAUGAAA